GCUGACAAAUGCAACACUGUAUAAACAAAACACCAGAGGUACUGAGUUAUCGCGUCGUGCUUCACGUUGCUGUGUAAUGGAUGACCUUUUUAAGCUUGAGAAGCUUUCCCUGGUUUCAAAGAUAUGCGUGGAACUGGAAAACCAUUUAGGAAUCAACGAUAAAGAUGUUGCUGAGUUCAUUAUUUCUCUUGCUGAAGCCAACAAACGCCUUGACAAAUUCAAGAAAGCACUUGAAGAAAAUGGAGGUGACCAGUUUGCGGAUUCGUUUGUAGAGAGCCUAUGGCGGCUGAUCCAGCACAUGAUGCCGUCUCUUACAUCUUCUUCUUCUAUUAGUAUUAAAGAAGAUGAUAAACCUAAAACAGAAAAAGAUAAAAAACGAGAAAUGUUGCCUUUUCUAGCCCUACCUAAUGAUCCCAAAGUCAUUCAUAUGUUGGAUGAUGAACUCAAGCCUUCAAUUAAAAAUAAGGAAGAGAUAAGUCAAAAAAGUAAAAUCAAAGAAAAAGAAAGAGAUGAGGAAUGGAAUAUUCGUAAAUUAAAGAAAAAUGAGAAGGAACUCGAAAAGACUGAACUGAAGAAGGAAAAGAUUACAAAGAAAGAGUCUGAAAUGGAGAUGGAUAAUCUGAUGGCCUUUUUAGAGUCUCAUGCUCCAUCAAAGCAAACAGAGAAGGCAAGUAAUCAGGCCAAGGAGAGAAAAAGAAGAUCAAGUCGCAGCCACAGUAGAGAGCGCAGGAGGUCCAGGAGUCCCAGGAAACACAAGAGGAGAAGGGAGCGAAGUCACAGCCGUGGAAGAGACAGACGAAGAAGUCACAGUAGAGAAAGACGAAGCCAUAGCAACAGUAGGGAGAGAAAUGAUGAUGGUUAUGAGAAGAGGCAUGGUAGAGAGAAGCAUGGGAACAGAAAGGACCGACACAGGAGAGACAGAAGUCGAUCUCUCAGCAAGGACGCCCACAGAAGUAGAAGUCAAGUUAGGAAUAGUCACAGCACAAGUAAUAGGGACGUGUUUAUCAGCCGUCCUCCAGAUGAAAAUCCAGUCGUAGGAAAGGUUUAUGAAGGGAAGGUAACAAACAUCUUAAACUUUGGAUGUUUUGUUCAACUAGAAGGGCUACGGAGGAGGCUGGAAGGCCUUGUGCACAUUUCACAGCUACGGAGAGAAGGACGUGUCACCAAUGUAUCAGAUGUUGUCGUUCGAGGACAAAAAGUUAAGGUGAAGGUGCUGUCAUUCACUGGACAGAAGACUUCUCUGUCAAUGAAAGAUGUUAAUCAGGAGACAGGAGAGGACCUCAACCCUAAUGUAGCACCUGUAGGGAUUAGCAACAUGGAAGAAGACUCCAUGAGAAAUCCAGACAGACCUAUGUCUCUCAUGGAACUAACUAAAGGUACUGAUGAAGAAGAUCUUGCAACAUACAAGAGGGUCAACCGAAUAUCCUCUCCUGAACGAUGGGAAUUAAAGCAGAUGAUGGCAGCAAACUGUAUCAGUAAGUCAGAAAUGCCUGACUUUGAUGAGGAACAGGGAGUGAUGGGUGGUGAAGAUGAUGAUGAGGAAGAUGUGGAAAUUGAGCUGGUAGAAGAAGAACCUGCAUUUUUGCGAGGUUAUGGCAGAGUGAGGGAAGAACUGAGUCCAGUCAGGAUAAUGAAGAAUCCUGAUGGCUCCUUAGCUCAAGCAGCAAUGAUGCAAAGUGCCCUAGCUAAAGAAAGAAGAGAAGUUAAGAUGGCCCAGAGGGAAAGUGAAAUGGAUUCUCAACCUUCAAAUCUUGGGCAAAAUUGGAAUGAUCCUCUUCCUGAGAUCCAACGCAGUGAUUCUGCCAUGUCACGGGGCUUGACAUCUCAGCAGCAAGAAGUCCCUGAAUGGAAGAGACACAUCACAGGUGGAACCAGAGGAUCAUAUGGAAAAAAAACAAACAUGACAAUAUUGGAGCAGCGGCAAAGCCUACCCAUUUAUAAACUAAGAGAUGAACUGAUCAAAGCCAUAGACGGUAAUCAGAUUCUCAUUGUUGUUGGAGAAACAGGCUCAGGGAAAACCACUCAGAUUACCCAAUAUUUGGCUGAAGCAGGAUUUACUGCCAAGGGCAAAAUAGGUUGUACUCAGCCAAGGCGAGUGGCUGCCAUGUCAGUGGCAAAAAGAGUCUCAGAAGAAUUUGGUUGUCGACUUGGUCAAGAAGUUGGCUACACUAUCCGUUUUGAGGACUGCACCAGCUCAGAGACAGUAAUAAAAUAUAUGACAGAUGGUAUGUUGUUGAGAGAGUGUCUCAUUGAUCCAGACAUGUCAAGCUAUGCUUGCAUCAUGUUGGAUGAAGCUCAUGAAAGGACUAUUCAUACUGAUGUAUUGUUUGGCCUUUUGAAACAGGCAGUAGCUAAGAGGCCAGAACUAAAACUGAUUGUUACUUCUGCUACUUUGGAUGCUGUAAAGUUUUCCGAAUACUUCAACCAGGCCCCAAUCUUCACUAUACCUGGGCGAACAUUUCCUGUUGAGAUCCUCUACACACGAGAGCCAGAAACAGAUUAUCUAGAUGCAGCCCUCAUCACUGUCAUGCAGAUUCACCUGUCUGAACCACCCGGAGAUAUUCUAGUUUUUCUCACUGGCCAAGAGGAGAUUGACACUGCUUGUGAGCUGUUGUAUGAACGAAUGAAAGCACUUGGAAGUGAUGUGCCUGAGCUUAUAAUCUUGCCUGUCUAUUCAGCCCUCCCUUCAGAGAUGCAAACAAGGAUCUUUGAGCCUGCACCUCCAGGAUCCAGGAAGGUAGUGAUUGCUACAAACAUUGCUGAGACAUCCCUAACCAUUGAUGGCAUCUAUUAUGUUGUGGAUCCAGGAUUUGUGAAGCAGAAAGUUUACAAUCCAAAGACGGGAAUGGAUUCACUGAUGGUGACACCAGUAUCUCAGGCAGGAGCCAAGCAGCGAGCAGGUCGUGCUGGACGUACUGGGCCAGGCAAGACGUAUCGGCUCUACACUGAGAGGGCUUACAGAGAUGAGAUGUUGCCCACAAGUGUACCAGACAUCCAAAGAACUAACUUAGCAUCAACAGUGCUCCAGCUGAAAGCAAUGGGAAUAAAUGAUCUUUUAGGUUUUGACUUUAUGGACCCGCCACCCACAGAUGCCAUGGUUAUGGCACUAGAAACACUUCACUCUCUCAGUGCCCUGGAUGAUGAAGGACUGCUAACUCGACUUGGGAGACGAAUGGCUGAGUUUCCUCUUGAGCCCAACCUUGCCAAAAUGUUGAUCAUGUCAGUUCACUUACAGUGCUCAGAUGAGAUCCUUACCAUUGUCUCUAUGCUGUCUGUACAAAAUGUAUUCUACAGGCCAAAGGAAAAACAAGCCCUGGCUGAUCAGAAGAAAGCAAAGUUUAACCAAGCAGAAGGCGAUCACCUCACUCUACUGGCUGUUUACAACUCUUGGAAGAAUAACAAGUUUUCAAAUGCCUGGUGCUAUGAAAAUUUUGUCCAAAUGAGAACAUUAAAAAGGGCACAGGAUGUAAGGAAGCAACUAUUGGGCAUUAUGGACAGACACAAGUUGGAUGUAGUAACUUGUGGCAAGAAUGUUGCUCGGGCACAGAAGACUAUCUGCUCAGGAUUCUUCAGAAAUGCUGCCAAGAAGGACCCACAGGAAGGUUACCGGACUCUGGUUGAUUCACAGGUGGUUUAUAUUCACCCAUCAUCAGCUCUUUUCAAUCGGCAGCCUGAAUGGGUUGUGUAUCAUGAGCUAGUUCAAACUACUAAGGAAUACAUGAGGGAAGUGACGACCAUUGAUCCCAAGUGGCUGGUGGAAUUUGCACCAUCAUUCUUCAAAUUAGGUGAUCCUACCAAGCUUAGCAAGUACAAGAAGAACCAGAGACUGGAACCUCUAUAUAAUAAAUAUGAAGAACCCAAUGCCUGGAGAAUAUCUCGUGUGAGGCGAAGAAGAAACUGAAGGCAUCAGCUCAUUAUUUUAUUUCUCAUGCAUAGUUUUUAAGAAUCAUUUUGUUGUAAUUUUAUUUUGUUUUGUCUUGAAAAAUGGAAAUAUAAGCCAUCA